GACAGCUACAAGGAAAAUAAGGUAAAAAGGAAAACCAGUGAUCCUCUGAAGCCAAAGGACCAGAGAGCCUCUUCAGGACUCCUUCUCAAAAGGCCAGACAGACUGAAGUCCACAGUAAAUACACAGUAAACAAACCAUCUGGCUGGUCCAACAUCUGUACCCAGCCGACCAAUGAGAGGCUGUGACAAAAAUCACCGGACCAAUCAAAAGAGAGAAUCUGAUUUUAACCUAAUACGUCACCUUGACGAGGAGGACGACUGAGUGAAGUUUGAAAGGAAACAAAAGUGGACUUUUCCUCAUCUUUUAGCCUACUGGAGUCAUUUAAAUCCAGUGCCCUGAAAUAAACAUGGCAUUGCCGAAAUGGGAGAGAAAAGCGCGCAUACUUCUGUGCGUUUUCGGUUUGUUUUUGUCUGUUUAUGCGCUUCACGUCGAGCUGUCCAGAGAGAGGAACCCAGAGUACAGGGCGAUGUGCGACCUGGGGGAGUCUGUGAGCUGCUCCAAAGUUUUCACCUCCAGAUGGGGACGUGGUUUUGGUUUGGUCCAGUUCUUUGCUGCCAAAGAUAGCCCUCUGAACCAGCCCAACUCUGUGCUUGGCAUCAUAUUUUACACUCUGCAGAUGGGCCUGGGACUGUCUCUGUCCAAAAAAGCAGCCAUGUUUUUGGUCUUCGCCUCCUGGGUAUCCGUGGCCGGCUCCAUCUAUCUUGCAUCUAUUCUCGCCUUUGUUCUGGGGGAUUUCUGCAUGGUCUGCGUGUCAACAUACAUCGUCAACUUUGCGUUGCUCUUCACCAACCUGAAACGCAGGAGAGCAAUUGAAGGAAUGAAGGAGAAGGCUGGAUAGAAAGAGAUACAUGUGGAAUUUUACACCUUUUUUUUGUGCUGAGCUGAAGCCACAAUGGAUCUGAAAGACAAAUUCUCUCCCACAGUAUUUCUGCGUUAUUUACACCUGUGAAGGCUUUUCAGAGAAUCAGGACUGGAGAUGUAUCUCAGAAGAUCUAUAAGAUGAUUUUUAGUACAGAAACCUGCUGAAGUAGCAGUCACCUGUUUAUAUGAAUGUGCAUUUGUGAUGCUGAUUAAACAUUUUUGAAUACUA